AUGGAGGAAUUCAAGUUCAACCAUAGCAUAAUCCUCUUAAUCGCCGCAUCUCUAGUAUUACUCUUCUCAUCACCACUAGUCCAAUGCCACGUGACAUCAUCACCAUCGCCAUCACCAUCACCUACCCCACAACCAUAUGAAUCACAAAGCAAUAAUCAUAAUAGUGGAUACGUCCAUUCAACACACCCCAAAAGAAGAUCAAAUCCCACUUCAAACGACGAAUUCAACCUCUUAGAAAAUAUAAAUAAAAUAUGUAGUGUCACUGCAGACCCCAAGAUAUGCGUUGAGGCAAUCCUACCCCACGUGAAGGGUCACGUGGACCCUGUUUUGGCUCUCCAAACAGAGAUCAAAUCCUUCAUUACGUUAUUGGGAAAAGCCAAUAUAGUGAUGAAAGCCACCCUAAAGCACUCAACAAGUUCAACAACAGCAGAUUGCCUAAGAUUAUGUGUGGACAUGUACAGCACCGCUCGUAUGGACCUGAAACAAGCAUUGCAGGCUAUUAAAUCCCAUGAUAUUGGAUUGUUGAAUAGCCUUCUAAGUGGUGUUAUUACAGGUAUAGGGACUUGUGAUGAUACUGUCUCUGAGGCUGGUGAAGAGUUGCCUCUUGAUACUAAUUUAGUUAACACUAUUCAUAAGUUGGCUGAUAACUGUAUGGAUAUUUCUGCAGUACUUCUUACUUAA